GCUAACCUUUAAGCAAUGUAUCAUUAAAAUGUACAAGCCAUCAAAUCGCUCUCUCCCGGAAUGCAGAGCAAGACGACAUCUCCAAUCAAAUCAAUUGAAAGAUUAAGGCCAACCCCUUAGAUGCCACCACCCAAAUGCAGAGAAAUUUUUAUCAAAGCAGGCAUGCAAGUCUAUGCAGUAACAACAUUUCUACCCUUCUUGGCUAAUGUGAUUUCUGCUGCUGGGACCGAAGUUGGAGUUUGGGGGCAAGGUACCUCACUAAAAAUUAUCUCUCUCGGCGUGUUCUUUCCCUCCGCCUUCAUGAGCGGUUGCAGAACGGCGUCUUCAACAUCCAUCAUACAUAAGUGAUCUUAUCAAAAUGUCGACUAUAAACCAUACCAAAGAAGCUGGAACCGUCUCCCAGUA